AUGGUAAUAUAUUUGUAAAAAGAUCAGCUUCUAUAUUAUAUUUUUUAAAUUUUCCACUUAAAUCAAUCUAUUAUUCUUUCCUUGUUAUUAAAUUUAAAUAAUCAUCUAACUAGAUAAAUUAUAAAUAAGAAGUAAUUGAUAACAAGUCUUAAGCUUAAAAAUAUAUAUAUAGGUUUUCAGGAUACUCAACAUUAAUAAAUCUUAAGAAAGAUUGAUAUUAUAGUAUAUUUAAGGUUUCAACUACAACAGAACUAUCACCUGAAACUAAAGAAAUUAAACAUAAAAUAAUAGCUCCAAUCAUAAAUGCUUUAUUAGACUAUUAUGCUUUAAUGGAUGUUUAUUUUAUUGAUUCAGUAAUUACUUUUGGUAAUUAAAGAGUAAUUGAUUAAUUAUUAUUUUACAGUGACUAAUUAUUUGAGUUAAUAAUUUCUUAAUUUAUUAAAAUGA